CAAGAUGGCGCUUUCCAUUCGGCUUAACGUUAAAUCUGUAUUUCGCUAUAUUACUAAGAAUAAUUGCCCAAGAAGAUUGUUUAAAGCCCAACAGAGCACGGUUACAACGAGUACCCAUGAUGAGCGGGUCUUCUCCGGAAUCCAGCCUACAGGUGUUCCUCACUUAGGGAACUAUCUUGGAGCUCUAGAGAGCUGGGUGGCUCUGCAGGGAAAGUACAGUUCAGUCAUGUACAGCAUUGUAGAUCUUCACUCCAUCACCCAGCCUCAGGACCCUCAGUUUCUCCGGGAGAACAUCCUGGACAUGGUGGCCAGUUUGUUAGCUUGUGGCAUCGACCCAACUCGCUCCAUUCUCUUCCAGCAGUCUCAGGUCUCUCAACAUGCGGAACUCUCGUGGAUCCUGGGCUGCCUCACUAGCAUGCCUCGAUUGAGACACCUGCCUCAAUGGAAGAUGAAGAGCAAGCAGAAGAAUGAGGGCAGUGUGGGACUUUACACUUACCCUGUGUUACAAGCUGCAGACAUACUCCUCUACAAAUCCACACAUGUGCCUGUAGGGGAGGACCAGAUCCAGCAUUUGGAGCUCGCCCAGGACCUGGCCCGAAUCUUCAACAACCAGUACGGAGAGUUCUUUCCCGAACCUUGUGCCCUGCUCAGUUCCACUCGAAAGGUGAAAUCUCUCAGAGAUCCAUCCUGCAAGAUGUCAAAGUCUGAUCCUCAAAGGUUGGCCACAGUUUUUUUGACCGAUACACCUGACGACAUUGUCCUCAAGAUUCGCAGGGCUGUGACAGACUUCAAUUCUAAAGUGACUUAUGAGCCUGAGAGUCGUCCGGGUGUAUCAAACUUAGUCUCUGUGCACGUGGCCGUGUCUGGACAGAGCCUGGAGGAGGUGGUUAGGCUGGCUGACGGUUUGGACACCGGACAGUACAAGAAUGUGGUCGCUGAGGCUGUUGUACAGAAGCUGGAACCUAUUCGGCAAGAGAUCCAGAGACUGAGGGCUGACAGGGGGUAUCUUGAGAGUCUGCUGGCAGAAGGAGCGGAGAAAGCUCGCUGCCUUGCAGCUCCUGUGAUGAUGGAGGUCAGGAAACGGGUGGGAUUCUGUUAAACCAAUGAAUAUUGUUGUUGAAUAUUCAAGAAAUGCAUUGCAGGCAUGUAAUAUAUGCUAUGGAAAAGAGACUGAAAAGUACAUUUGAGGAUGCAAAACGUUUGGUGGUAAUAUUGCUUUAUUGUCACCACUGAUUUUCCAAGAGGUUUUAGUGCUUUUGUCUUAUAUUUUCUAUUUAUUAAAUAAUAAAAUAAA